AUGCUGAGAACUGCAUUCUUGUUCCUCACACUGAUCCCAAGCGCCAUUACUGAGCACAACCGAUGCGAAUACGAAGAAGAGAAAAAAAUUAGCUCAUGCCUUCAACCUAUGCUUCAUUAUGCCACUAAGCUUCAAGAAGAAACCGGGGCAAUGCAAUUCCCUCUUCAAGGAGGAGAUGUGUUUCGAAACUUGUGCAAUAUCUACAAGGACUUCCAAAAAUGCGUAAAAACAGUUCAAUGCGAUAGCUUAUCCGUCGACGCUGUUGAUGCAAGCUACGGCUACAUGUGCGGUACAGGACAGCCUUUAUUUGAGAAACACGCUGUAUGUUUCGCAACGGUGGAAACCGAAAAGAACUAUGUUAGUUGCAAAACAGCCGCGACACAAGCUAUAACUGAAGCUCAACGAAAAAAGACAUCGACCGAAUCUUAUCUGUCAGAAAUGUGUCGUGCUAUGGAUGGCUACUUGCGUUGUUCGCACCCAGUAAUUGUAGAAAAAUGUGGCUCAGAAGCCUGGCAGCUCGUGUCAACAGUGACAAGAGAUAGCUUAGGAGUAACAAUGCCUGAUUGUGACAUGCAUCACGCUCUUAUUUAA